AGUCAGCUGUGAAGGCGGAGCUACGUUUGUAAACUCACGUUGCACUCUGGACAGUCUGGUUCCCACAACAACCGAAAUAUAAGCUUAGUUUGAACUUGUAAGUCGUCAAGCGUCAUUUCACACACAAGCCAUAACCAGAGAAGAUAAUUUAUCUUGUCACUGCCUGGAUCAGGGCUGUACAGAUGGACUGAAAUCAAACGAAUUGGACCACCAGAGAAGAUCCAACAUGGGCAACAAACGGAAAGCCUCCAAUGAGAUCGACAAAGAUUCAGAUGCCAGCUCAGGAUAUUACAGUGCUUUGGACCAGACAGACUUUGAAGACGUGGGACCAACCAGUACUGCAGCUCAAAGCAUGCCGACAGCUCCUCGGGUGCCUUUCAUUCCUGGCUCACAUCCAGGCGUCUCUCGCAUGAUCGUAAUGAACAACCUUGUCCUCAAGCAGCCAAACUCUGUGGCCCCUGCGUUAAAACCUUGGAGCUUAAACACUUCAUUGGAUGUGGUUCCUCAGUCCCAGCUGCUUUUCCUACAGCCAGUCAUACCCACCAGUGACUGUAGCAGCCAGAGCUCUGACAAGCAGAAACUUUCCAGAAAGCAUGUUCCCAUGCAGGGUCCACAAGGGUCUACAGUCGACCAGGGUCCCAGUGCCAUCCAUAAGAGGGCAAACCACAGUCAUAGUGGUAGACAUCAACGAUGCUGUUAUGAUGAUAAACCUUUCGACAGUUCCUCUUUGAAGCAGGAUGAUUCUGAGACAUGCAAGGGUUAUGGAGUAGACCCUUACAUUGCUUCUUUGGGAGACAUGGGUGUGGAAAGCCCCUCGUCCAGGCUUUCUGACCUUCAGGAGCCCCAUACCACUACUUCACCGUUCUCACUUUGCGCUCACUCCCUCCUCGCUUCAUUCCCUCAGAAGUGUCCCAAUUCUUCAUUCGCCCAGAGCAGUGAUGGGGAGAAUAUCUCAGAUGACUUCUCUCCAAGUUCCAGCAAACGCAAACGCUUCUGCAACACUUAUAAUAUUCUGAAUCGGUCAGGCCUGCUGGGCAUCACACUGCGCACAAAGGAACUUAUUCGGCAGAACAAACGUUCCCAAGCCCAACUUCAGAGUCUGCAGGCUCAGACUGACCUCUUCUUGGAGGCCAUAUGUAGUGGAGACCCCAAAGUCUGGACCAGAUUACAGCUCAUCCUCCAGAACUCUAGAAACAGUGAGGAGACGCCAAUGGAAUCACCGGUGGACUCUCUAAAGGAUGCGGAGAAGGAAACCUCAGAUCAGGGUUGUAUGGUGUAGUAGCAGGUUUAGAUAUUAAUAUUUCAACUGCUGCGGUUUUAUGGAAUAACCAUCUUUACUUAGACCUCAGAAGCUUAGGAAAUGUUCAGCUUCUUUUUGUAGAUUCAGUUGGAAAUGUCAGAGAUUUGAGACUUUGGAGAUCUAGUUAUCACAUCAUAUGUUAUCUAUCCGAUAUUAGUCAUCCCUACACCUGUGGUUUUGUCAAAAGUAUAUAAAUACAAUGUUUAGCUAACAACUGCAUUUUUUUCUGAAUAAAGUGAUUCAUUUGAUAAUGAAGAAAUGCUAAAAAAAAAAAACAGUGUACUCCCAGUUUAAAAACAAAGCUAUUAACCGUAUUUUACUCUAAUUGGUUACUAUUUGGAAAGGAGGCCUUGGAACACCGGAACUGGAAAGUAAAAAUAUUUUCUGCUCCGAAUGACAACAAUGGAAAAUGAAACCUUUAUUUUCUAAUCUUUGUAUCUAAUAAAUGCCUUUGACAAAUUACACACAUUUGUGUGUUUUAUCUUUAAGAGAUUAUACUUAAGUGCACAAUAAUAUUUGUUUUAAUUCAGUUAAAAAUGUGAAAUUCAGAUUCAUCCUUGUGACAAUUUGAGGAUUUGUAAUAAUGUCUUUGUAAUAAACAUGAUUUGUAUGUGUAUAAUGUGUUUUCAUCUCCAAUUAAAUGUUUUUGUUACUGUUGUUAUCUAUGCGAAUAAAGAGUAAGAGGACUAAUAA